AUGGACGUGGCUACAUUCGGUGCGACGUGUUCACCUUAUUCAGCGCAAUACGUCAAAAACAAAAACGCCCAGGACUGCGCAGCACAGUUCCCGAGAGCAGCCGCAGCAAUCAUAAACGCUCACUACGUUGACGACUACCUAGAUAGCGUAGAUACGGUGGACGAAGCUGUUCAACUAGUAAACGAGGUGAAGUACGUACAUUCGCUUGGGGGAUUCGAUAUCAGGAACUUCUCGUCUAACUCAUCUGAGGUGUUGCAUCGGCUAGGUGAAAACCAGAAUCUACAGGUAAAAUCAUUGUACUUAGACAAAACUGCAACUGUGGAAAGAGUGCUUGGAAUGGUUUGGAAACCAGCAAUGGAUGUGUUUUCCUUUGAUGCUUCUCUGCGGGAUGAUCUGAUGAAGCUGUUGGUGGAAGGUGAUAUACCCACGAAGCGACAGGUACUGAGACUUGUCAUGUCACUGUUCGAUCCCUAUGGAUUUAUUGCUCACUUCGUCAUACAUGGCAAGAUUCUCAUGCAGCACAUUUGGAGAUCUGGCACAGACUGGGAUGAGCAGAUUAUAGAAGGUUUGCAUAAUUUGUGGAAAGAUUGGACACGUUUGUUGUGUCGGCUGAGCGAAGUUGCGGUCCCUCGUUGUUUCUUUGGCGGGAGCAAUAGUAUGCAACACAGUGGAAUACAGCUUCACAUGUUCGUCGACGCGAGCGAGUUGGCAUACGCGUGUGUAGCGUACCUACGGAUUGCUCAAGAUGGAACUGUGCGAUGUGUGUUGGUUGCGGCAAAGGCAAAGGUGGCGCCACUUAAGCCGCUUUCCAUUCCUCGACUUGAGUUGCAAGCCGCUCUGAUAGGCUGCCGGUUGAUGGAGACCGUUUGUAUGUCGCUCGAUCUCCCUAUUAAAAAGCGGUUCAUGUGGACUGACUCCAGAACAUCUCUUUCUUGGAUCCGGUCGGAUAGUCGACGAUAUCACCCUUUUGUCGGGUUCCGAGUUGGCGAAAUAUUAAACGUUUCCGUCGUGGAUGAGUGGCGAUAUGUUCCGUCAAAGUUGAACGUGGCCGAUGAUGCAACUAAGUGGGGAAAUGGCCCUGAUUUCAGCCCAAAUUGCCGUUGGUACAUUGGUCUCCAAUUUCUCUACCUACCGGAACAAGAAUGGCCCGAACAACCGACCAUGCAGUGGACAACAGAUGAAGAGCUCCGAGUUGUAUAUCAACAUCAUCGAGAGAUGCCGAACCCUUUAAUUGACGUCGUCAGGUUCUCGAACUGGAAUCGUCUGCUGCGUUCGACUGCGUACGUACUGAGAGCAGUAAAGCUGCUGAAAAGGGAAAAGAUAUGUGGACCACUAACCAGUUGCGAGCUACUGCAGGCGGAGAAUUUGCUGUGGCGGCAGACGCAGUUUCAAGCGUUUCCGGACGAGUAUUGCACUCUGGAGUUUAACAAAAUGCAUCCAGAGAAAGACCAGAAGAGGAUUAAGAAGCAUAGUCUGCUGUAUGAGUUAUCACCAUACUUGGACGAUAACGGCGUGAUCAGGAUGAACGGCAGAAUUGGGGCUGCACCUACCGCCCCAUUUGAAGUUAAGUACCCUAUCAUAUUACCGAAAAAGCACGAUCUCACAACACUGCUUGUCGACAGCUAUCACCGCCACUUCAAACACCAAAAUCGUGAGACGGUGUUCAACGAGAUCCGGCUAAAGUUUCGCAUUCCGAAGCUUCGUCCUCUGAUCUUACGGGUAUCUAAAGACUGCCAACUCUGCAGGGUUCGAAAGUCUACUCCACGGCCGCCGAUGAUGGCGCCACUUCCGCAAGCUCGAUUGACACCAAACAUUCGAGCAUUCAGCAAUACUGGCGUCGAUUAUUUCGGACCAAUACUCGUGAAGCAGGGGCGCAGCUUAGCAAAGCGCUGGGUGGCGCUCUUCACGUACCUCACUACACGUGCAGUGCACCUUGAAGUUGUCCACAGCCUAUCGACACAGGCCUGUGUUAUGGCCAUUCGCAGGUUCGUGGCACGUAGUGGAUCUCCAGAAGCGUUUUACUCCGAUAAUGGAACAUGUUUCCUAGGAGCCAGCAACCUACUGACGAAGCAGAUUCUGGGAAUUCAUGAAGAUUGCGCAGUAACAUUUACUAAUUCCAAAACGAGCUGGCACUUCAAUCCCCCAUCUGCUCCUCACAUGGGUGGAUCCUGGGAGCGAAUGGUUCGCUCAGUGAAAGCUGCAAUGGAAACCAUAGCAGAAUAUCCUCGUCAUCCAAGCGAUGAGGUUCUGGAAACUGUACUACUGGAAGCGGAAGCGAUCGUCAAUUCGCGACCACUCACGUAUGUCCCUCUUGACGAUGCUGACCAAGAAGCCCUAACUCCGAACCACUUUCUGCUGUACGGAUCUCGUGGUGUGGUGCAGCCUACGACACAGAUGAUGAAUGAAGGAGCGACUCUUCGUGACAGCUGGAAGCUUGCGCAGUAUCUGGCAGACCAAUUCUGGCGGCGCUGGGUCCGUGAAUAUCUGCCGACCCUCACCAGACGGACGAAGUGGUUCGAACCCGUCAAGCCAUUGGAACCAGGAGACUUAGUUAUUGUGAUCGAGGAGAACAAACGAAAUGGAUGGUUGAGAGGUCGAAUAAUCGAAGUGGUCAAAACCAAGGACGGCCAAGUUCGCAGAGCUAUGGUUCUCACCGUAAACGGGAUCAUCAGUCGACCAGCAGUAAAACUUGCGCUGUUGGAUGUUCGCGGAAACCGAAACGAGAGGCAGGGAUCCUCAGAACUACACGGAGGGGGGAAUGUUGAAAACAGCCAAUCUGACAACACUGCUGAUAGUAGUGUAGUAUCCGGAUACUCCCUAAACGAUAACCGAAGCGGAGCUGAGUACCGUCCAGCAGAAACGUCAACUACACGAGAGAGUAAAGAGCAGAAUGAGUGUGCAAACCUGUACUAG